UUUUAUCUUACCGAGCCGAAAUCGGAGAUCGGAGGUCAGGCCGAAGACCACAUCUACACCUCUGAGAGAGAGAGAGAGAGAGAGAGAGAGAGAGAGGACUGAGGAGCGGUACGAACGACACGAUGCGGCGGUCUCACCUCGUGUGGCACCUGGCGCGGCGGCUGCUGAGCAACGUCCCGGAGUCCACCGUCUACGGAGGGCCGCGGCCGCAGGAGGCGGCGCGGCGCGUGACGGUGACCACGCUCCGCGGGAAGCACCGCCGCGGGGAGUCCAUCACCGUCGUCACCGCCUACGACUACCCCUCAGCGGUCCACGUCGACUCCGCGGGGAUCGACGUCUGCCUCGUCGGCGACUCCGCUGCGAUGGUCGUGCACGGCCACGACACCACGCUCCCCAUUACCCUCGACCUCAUGCUCGACCACUGCCGCGCCGUGGCGCGCGGCGCCCCACGGCCGCUCCUAGUCGGGGACCUCCCGUUCGGGUGCUACGAGUCCUCCGCCGCGCAGGCUGUCGACUCAGCGGUGAGGGUACUGAAAGAAGGUGGAAUGGAUGCAAUCAAGCUGGAAGGAGGUGCACCGUCAAGGAUCAGUGCAGCCAAAGCUAUUGUAGAGGCUGGAAUUGCUGUCAUGGGGCAUGUUGGCCUGACGCCGCAGGCUAUUAGUGUGCUCGGUGGAUUUCGACCACAAGGGAAGACGGUCGAUAGUGCUGUAAAGGUUGUGGAGACAGCACUCGCCUUGCAGGAGGCUGGUUGCUUCUCGGUAGUGUUGGAGUGUGUGCCUGCUCCAGUGGCAGCUGCUGCGACGUCAGCAUUGCAAAUCCCAACCAUUGGCAUUGGGGCUGGACCAUUCUGUAGUGGGCAGGUCUUGGUCUACCAUGAUUUGUUAGGGAUGUUGCAGCAUCCACAUCAUGCCAAAGUCACACCGAAAUUCUGCAAACAAUUUGGCAAUGUCGGCGAUGUCAUCAACAAGGCGCUAUCCGAGUAUAAGCAAGAAGUGGAAACUCGGUCUUUCCCAGGUCCAAGCCACACCCCAUAUAAAAUAACUCCCACAGAUGUUGAUGGCUUUGCGAACACGCUACAGAAGAUGGGCUUGAAUGAGGCUGCAGAUGCUGCAGCCGCUGCUGCUGAAAACUGUGAGAAAGAUGGAAGUCCAAAAGAAAACAGUUGAUUCAAUAUCGGCUAUUUUCAACAGCUAUGUCUGAUCUAGACUAGAGAGCAUAAGAGCAGUUUGAUAGCUUGCCUAGCACGAUGGUGUCCUGCAGUAGUGAAAUCAUUCCAGAACCGCAGGUGCGAACUGAAACUGGGAACCUGUGAAAUGUUAGGCAAUCCUCCUGUUGUCUGAAGAGGAAGAGGAUGAUGGGGAUCAUUUACGUUCGAAUAAGUAUCAGCUGUAGCUGGACGGGCCUGAAUGUUUUCGGGUUAGGGAUUGUGGAAGACAGCCAUGGUGCGUAGUGAUGCACCUUUGCUUUGGUGGGAGAAAGAAGUCCCUUAAAUUUAACGCUAAAUUCUGGGAUAAGUGGACCACCUUUUAUGAUUCGAGAUACUACUUUUGAAUGUCUUCUGCAAUC